CGUCGCCUCACAACCGCUCAAUCAUCAACCAUCAACCAUCAACCAUCAUCCACUCCUUGUUACUAAUCGUCCCUCCUCCCACUACCUCAGAAACACACUUCCAGACACCUCUAUUCUACAUUUACUCUCCCGCCAGGCCGGCUGCUGCGUCUCGCUCCCGAAUAGACGCUGUGUCCCAGCCAAGUAGGCCCCCGCCCGCACCUCCUUCCCUCGAGUCACCCACUCCGGCGCUCUUCUUCUCACUUCUCCUGUCACCUCCCUCCUCUCCUUCCCCUCUCCCACCAUGGCACCCAACGGCAAACGUCAUCCAGACCUCCUGAGUUGCAACUUCAACCAGGACUUCUCGUGCAUCGCCAUAGGUCACAAGAAGGGCUACACGAUCCUCAACUGUGAUCCAUUCGGCAAAGUUCACUCCAAGAAUGAUCAGGGUGCCUCGGGCGUCGUCGAGAUGUUGUUCUGCACGUCGUUGGUCGCGCUUGUAGGCGCCCCUGACACGCAACCAAGCAACUCGCCUCGCAAGCUCCAGAUUGUCAAUACAAAGCGACAAUCUACAAUCUGCGAGCUCAUCUUUCCCUCGUCCGUGCUCGCGGUCAAAAUGAACCGGAAACGCCUUAUUGUUGUGCUCGAGAACGAGAUCUACAUCUACGACAUCUCCACGAUGAAACUGCUGAACACGAUAGAGACUGGGCCCAACCCCAACGCCGUUUGCGCGCUCUCCUCAUCAAGCGAGAACUCGUACCUUGCCUAUCCCUCGCCUCCCCCUUCCCCAUCGCCUUCCGUGCAAGGCAAUGUGCCGCCCUCCGCGCCCGCACCAACGACGGGUGACGUCUUAAUCUACGACGCUCUCAACUUGCGUGCGGUUAACGUGAUCCAAGCGCACAAGACACCCAUCGCUUGCCUGGCGCUCAACUCGACAGGCACCAUGCUCGCGACGGCCAGUGACAAGGGUACGGUUGUACGCGUCUUCUCCGUGCCAGAGGCGAAGAAGUUGUGGCAGUUCCGUCGCGGGUCCAGCUCAGCGCACAUCUUCAGCAUGAACUUCAACCUCACCUCGACAUUGCUCGCCGUUUCCAGCGAUUCUAGCACAAUCCACAUUUACCGCCUUGCUUCGGGUCGCAAGGCUAGCACGGGCGGCGAAGACUCGCCACCAGCGAGCGGGAGCAGUGGAGGCUUUGAGGCUGACCCAAACCCGCCGUCGCUCGCGCCGCACUCGGCGGCGUCAUCCCUGCGCCGUCGGAGCUACCACUUUGGCAAAUCGCUACUGGGAGGCGCGGGGACGUACCUUCCCAAGGGUGUAACGGAGAUGUGGGAGCCGCAGCGCGAUUUCGCGCACAUCAAGCUGCGGCCAGCGCAGACGGGCGUCCGGACUGUUGUGGCGAUGAGCGCGACUCUGCCGCAGGUGAUGGUCAUCAGUGCAGAUGGAGUGUUCCAGGCGUACAACAUCGACCUCGAGAAUGGUGGCGAGUGCGCGCUGAUGAAGGAGUUCAGCCUUCUGAACAACGAGGACACGCUGGGGACCAACGCGGAGUGAGACGAGUCUUUGGCAGUUGUAGCAUGCAUGUCUAAUGGCGGUA